CUUAGAUAAAGUUCAGCUGAGUGUGGACGAUGGCACGAUGACGGAGAACUUCGUGGAGAUCAAUACUGCUGCUGCUGACACAGCAACUCCCCCGACAGAACUUAAGGUGCCCGAGCAACCUGACCCCUCCAAGAUAGAGGUGGUAUCAGUGACGGAGGAAGACCUCCCCACUGUCGAGACCCCCAACACACUGAACGUCAGCCCCCUGGGCAGCUUUGCUACCGAUCCGCCGUCGGAGAACGAUUCUGCCAAACCUCCGGCCGCCCCCAGCCCCAUGAUGCCAGUCACCAAGGUGCAGCCGUUCUUCCACGAGGACGACCUGGAGAAAAGCUGGAAGACCACACUGCUGGCCCACCGCCUCGAGCUGCUGAUCGCCUCCUGCGUCGUCGUGGCGGUCACUCUCGUUCUCGGCAUCGGCCUCGGAGUGGGUCUGAGCUGUGCGGGGAAGUUUCGUUGUGGUUCAUCGUCUAAAUGCAUCAGCACCUCGGCUCAGUGCGACGGACAGCCGCACUGUGACCACGGAGAGGACGAACUCGGCUGCGUGCGUCUGAGUGGGCGGAGCUCCGUCCUGCAGGUCCAGAAAGGAGGAGUUUGGAGGACCGUCUGCUCAGAGGGUUGGAACAACUGGUUGGGGGUCUCUGCCUGCAAACAGCUGGGAUACUCCAGGUACGUGGAGUCGUUCUUCGUCUCUCUGACCUCCAUUGAUCAAGACUUUCAGCACAACCUGGUGUCCAUUGACCUGAACCGGUCGCAGGUCAUUAAGCUCCAGGACGCCGCGACCUUCAGUAAGACUCAGUGCAGCUCAGGGAAGGUGACCACUCUGAAAUGUCUGGAGUGCGGCUCCAGGCCUCAGUACACUCAGAGCACUCGUAUCGUCGGCGGGAACAUCUCCAAGCCGGGUCAGUUCCCGUGGCAGGUCAGCCUCCACUUCAGCAGCGAACACCUGUGCGGCGGCUCCAUCGUGACGUCACGCUGGAUCCUGACGGCGGCGCACUGCGUGUACGGGUUUGCGGACCCCUCCAUGUGGACGGUCCACGUGGGGCUGACGGAGCAGCAGGUCCACGGGGCUCAGUCUCUGGCUGUGGAGCAGAUCAUAUACCACGCUCGCUACCGGCCCAAAGGACUCGACUACGACAUCGCACUCAUGAAACUGGCCAGUUCACUCAAUUUCAAUGGCUUCGUGGAGCCCAUCUGUCUGCCCAACCACGGGGAGGAGUUUGAGGCAGGGACCAUGUGCUGGAUCUCCGGGUGGGGAGCGACGGAAAGCGAAGGUGAAACCAGUCUGGCUCUGCGCUCUGCCACGGUGCCGCUGCUCUCCACCAAGACCUGCAACCAGCCGGAGGUUUACCAGGGCCUCAUCUCGUCCUGGAUGAUCUGUGCAGGAUACCUGGAGGGAGGAACCGAUUCCUGUCAGGGGGACAGUGGAGGUCCUCUGGCCUGUGAGGACUCGUCCGUGUGGAAGCUGGUUGGAGCAACCAGCUGGGGGAUCGGCUGCGCCAUGAAGAACAAGCCGGGCGUUUACACUCGCAUCACACAGUCGCUCAGCUGGAUCCGCCAACAGAUGGAGAGGGAAGAGGCUCUCAGUUCUCCAACUUCAGACAACUGAACCGCUUCGUUGCUUCUCACAGGACUCUGUUUGGAUGUUUCCACAAACACAAAAAAAACCACAACAACCAGAAACGACGGACACUUUGAUCCACAACAA